CAGAACUCCUCGUACCUCCCGCGUUUUUCAUUCACUUGACAGCUUGUGUAUAAGUGUUGGUGUAAAGUUGUAUUCGUGGCAUUCCUUAAAGUUCAUUCAGUGUGGGAUAGAUCUGUCUGACAAUGUCGGAGAAAAUAUCUCAAAACGCCAUACAGAGAGCCACAAAUGUGGCGUUCCAGAAACACCACGUCACCAGAGACAAGCGUGGGAAAGUCCUCGGAGCUAAGAAGGGAUUCCGGGGCUGUACAAUAUGGCUGACUGGUCUGUCGGGGGCAGGGAAGACGACCAUCUCCUUCGCUCUGGAGGAGUAUCUGGUUAGUCAGGGCAUUCCUGCUUACAGUUUGGAUGGGGACAACAUCCGAACAGGACUCAACAAGAACCUCGGCUUCACCCCUGAGGAUCGCGAGGAAAACAUCCGCCGUAUCUCGGAGGUGGCCAAGCUGUUUGCUGAUGGUGGCAUCGUUUGUAUCACCGCCUUCAUCAGCCCCUUUAAAAAGGAUCGUGAACGUGCUCGUGAACUCCACGAGGCAGCGGGACUGAAGUUUGUCGAGUGUUUUGUAGACACUCCGAUCGAAGUCUGUGAGAAACGUGAUGUGAAAGGACUGUACAAGCGGGCAAGAGCUGGGGAGAUCAAAGGGUUUACUGGAGUAGAUCAAGCUUAUGAAGCCCCAGAUGAUCCCGAGGUAGUUCUGAAGGCAGGCAAAGAUACCGUGGACGAGUGUGUACAGAACAUUGUGUCUCACCUGGUGGAUAUUGAAGUGGUACCAGCUGGGGCUGUACAGAAUGUGAGGGAGUUGUUUGUCCCUGAGAAUCGGAUUGAGGUCACUAGGGCAGAGGCAGAACAACUGCCAGCCCUCAAUAUCAACAAGCUGGAUUUGGAGUGGACCCAGGUUUUAUCAGAGGGCUGGGCCACACCCCUUAGUGGCUUUAUGAGGGAAAGAGAGUAUCUACAAAGUCAACACUUUGGCUGUCUGUUGGAUGGUGGAGUGACCAAUCAGUCAAUCCCAAUCGUUUUACCGGUGUGUACAGAGGACAAAGAGAAGCUAGAUGGAUGUGCUGCCUUCACCCUGAAGUACGAGGGCAAUAGUGUGGCCAUCUUACGUAAUCCAGAGUUUUAUCCACACAACAAGGAGGAACGUUGCUGCCGACAGUUUGGGACCAGUCACAGAGGUCAUCCAUAUGUCAAGAUGAUCUAUGAGAGUGGAGACUGGCUUGUUGGGGGUGAUCUGGCUGUGAUAGAGAGAAUAAGAUGGAAUGAUGGACUGGAUGAAUACAGACUCACCCCAAUGGAGCUACGCAACAAGUUCAGAGAAUUAGGGGCUGAUGCAGUAUUUGCUUUUCAACUACGCAAUCCUAUACACAAUGGCCAUGCAUUACUGAUGGCUGACACUAAACGUAGGCUGUUAGAGAAAGGCUACAGCAAGCCUGUGUUACUCCUACAUCCACUGGGUGGAUGGACGAAGGAUGAUGAUGUGCCAUUACCUACACGCAUGAAACAACACAAAGCUAUACUGGACGAGAGGGUCCUAGAUCCAGACUCCACAGUUCUAGCCAUCUUCCCAUCUCCAAUGAUGUAUGCAGGGCCAACAGAGGUACAAUGGCAUGCUAAAGCUAGGAUGUCAACAGGGGCCAACUUCUACAUUGUGGGUCGUGACCCUGCUGGUAUGCCUCACCCUGAUGGUACAAGAGAUUUAUUUGAUCAUACACAUGGGGCAAAGGUUUUGACGAUGGCACCAGGGCUAACACAAUUAGAAAUUGUUCCCUUCAGAGUCGCGGCAUAUAACACUAAACUAAAACAGAUGGAUUUCUUUAACCCAGAACGCAAAGAGGACUUUGAUUUUAUAUCGGGAACUCGUAUGAGAAAGCUUGCCAGAGAAGGCCAGAAUCCUCCUGAUGGAUUCAUGGCUCCCAAAGCCUGGAAAGUGCUGGCCGAGUAUUACCAGACUCUCAAAGAGUAACAGGAAGUGACAUCAUCCCAGAACAGGAAGUGGUGGACCUCCUCAGCUGAAGUCUAUAAACUAGUUGUUUCUUCCUGUAGGGACCAAUGUCUAUUUUAAUAUUUACUUAUUUUGUUGAAUAUAUUAUAUAUUUUUUAUUUUUAAUUUAUGAGCAAAUUAUAGAUUGACAUUUUUUUUCUAUUUACUUAUACCACAAUACAGAUACUGAUGAAAAACAUGAAUUUAAAAAAGCACUUUUAUGAAAUACUUUUCUUUUCUCUACUGAAAGUUGAAAAUUACUGUUAUUGGUUGUUAAUUGUAAGCAAAGUCUAUUAUUUGUUAUUAUUUAUAAAUUUAUUUUUACAUAUUUUUGAUGUUUAAUGACACUCUGCAUGUGGCUACUGCAUGCACAGUUGAAAGGGAUUGGGUUGAUUUAGAAAAAUGGUAGAUUUUUUUUUUUAGUAUGAGGGCAUUUUUAUGUAUUUAUUUUUAAACUAUCAGAAUUUUUCUGUUAGUUAAUAUUUUUCAGUAUGGGAAACAAUAUACAUACGGAGUUUGUAAAUGGUAUUUUAUCUUUUUGUCAGAUAUGUCUUACCUGAGUAUUGUACUGUAUACCUGACCAAUGUCAAUUGUGUGUUUUAAAUAGUAUUUGACCUGUUUACCAGGUAUACCUUAUUGUACUAUAUACUUGACCUAAUGCUGUUAUUUACCGGUAUACUGCUGCUGGGGUCGACACAUGUUACAAGACAAAUACAUAUAUUAAACCAGAGGGAUCAAUAAAGUACUUAAAAUAA